AUGGGGAAUUUCGCGUCGAGGGAUGCUUCUUCUUCAGUCAAAGAGGCACAAAGGGUAUCAGCAACCAGCUGCAGGCCCAAGGACUCAAGGAGGAAGCACUGGGACUCUGAGAGUAUUCAAGAUUGGUUGGAGAUGGCGGAAUUGGCCGGGCCGCGGGUGUACAGCUGCUGCCAUUGCUGGAACCACGUCUGCCUCCACGACGAUGUCAUCUCCAAGGCCUUCCACGUGAACAACUUCACCAAGGUGUCCUUACCGAUUUUGGCCCCUGCGGUCGGGAUCAAGAGUGGACAGAGCUUAAUAAUCAAUAAAUAG